AUGCCCUAUUCCAACAGCCAAACCAUCAAUGAUCUUGUUGAACGUCGAGUUGACAAGCUCUUUAAUGAAUUCUUUACAGACUGUCCUAUUGGCCGCAAGUCAGUUUCUGGUUGUCCUGCCAUUGGUGAUGGCAAAACAUCUCUUCACUUGUCGUCCAAAUACGCCACUCAAUUUUUCACCGAGUGCCCUUAUGGCAAAAAGGCCAUUGCUGAAUGCCCCUACGCUAAGGAAAUCCUUGAGAAGGCUCACAAGGGCAGGACCAGUCAUUUCCAUGGCCAUGGCCAUGGCCACAGCUCUGGUAAAGUUCCUGAAUACGCCACUGAGUUCUUCACUGAAUGCCCCUACGGUCGUCGCGUUGCUGAUCAAUGUCCAUAUAGUCAUGAUAUCGUCGAAAAAGCCCACAAGAAGACCUUCCAUGCUCAUCAUGGUCGUGGUCAUGGCCAUACGCGCCAUCCUGAUUACGCUCAAGAGUUUUUUACUGAGUGCCCCUAUGGUAAGAAGGUUGCUGAUCAAUGUCCAUACGGCCAAGAAAUUCUUGAUAAGGCACACAACAAAAAAUCUGUCAAGUCAUGUCAUUAUCACGGAAGCAGUGGUCAUCCUGAUUAUGUCGAGGAGUUCUUUACUGAAUGCCCCUAUGGUAAGAAGGUCGCUGACCAAUGUCCCUAUGGCCAUGAAAUCCUUGAUAAGGCACAUAAGAAGGCUGUAAAUGCUUGUCAUCAUGGUAGCAAUGGUCAUCAUGAUUACGUCGAGGAAUUUUUCACCGAAUGUCCCUAUGGUAAGAAGGUUGCUGGUCAAUGUCCUUAUGGCCAUGAAAUCCUUGAAAAAGCCAGCAAGUCUCCCAAGUCUCGUCGUUCAAGCAGUGAUCAUUCUGAUUACGUUGAUGAGUUUUUCCUUGAAUGUCCCUAUGGUAAGAAGGCUGCAGAAGAGUGUCCCUAUGGUCAUAACCUUUUGGAGAAGGCUGGUAUUAAUGUGCCUCCAUUGAAGAAGCAUGAAGAAGGCAGUGAAGAGCCCGCCAAGUGCCCUUUUGCUGGCAUGUCUUCUCCUGGAGAUAAAUGUCCUAUCUCUGGUGCUACGGAUGAUACGGAUGCUACUGCUACUACUACCAAGACUACUGGUAAGUGCCCUGUGGGCGGUGUCAUGCCUCGAAGCGAAAAAUGUCCCAUCAGUCCCAAUUACAAGAAGCCUUUCGUUCCUGUUGUUGAUUCUUAUGAGACUGAUAAUGAUUUCAAGUUCUUUGUUGAACUUCCUGGUGUUGGUAAGGGUGACAUCAAGUUGGAUAUCAAGGACAAGUUGUUGACUUUGUCGGGUGAGGUCAAGACCACUGCUGAGGAAUCUGAAGGCAAUGCCCGCUUCACUGAAAGAACAUUGGGUGCUUUCUCUCGUACCAUUUCGCUCCAAGACAAUGUAUCUGUAGACAAGAUCAAGGCUAAAUUGGAGAACGGCGUUCUUGCCAUCACUGUUCCCAAAGGUAUCCCUUCUGUGAAGAAGUCUAUUACCAUCAACUAA